GCCCGAGUAUAUAACAGUGGAUGGCGCGGGGAAGACCGGACAUGUGUGCGUGUGAACGCAAGAUAUGUGACAGAGGCAGGGCAGCACGGUUACACCAUGGCAAAGCGCGGUACGGACAAGCAGCACGCGACCUUCGCCAAAGACAAGGUUGAGCUCCAUGUGCAUCUGGAUGGCGCAAUCAGGCUGAAGACUAUUUUGGAGGUUGCGAAAAGACGAGGAAUCGCGCUGCCCGCAGAUACAGAGGAGGCCUUCUGCCAGCUCUGCACCUUGAAGGAGCCCACCACGCUCACAGACUUCCUCAGCAAGUUUAACCAAUUCAUGCACGUCAUUGCGGGGGACAAGAAGGCCAUUAAGAGAAUCGCUUAUGAAUUUGUGGAGACCAAAGCCAAAGAAGGUGUGGUAUAUGUGGAAGUGAGGUACAGUCCACACUUACUGGCCAACUGUAACGUGGAGCCAAUAUCAUGGAACCAAAGAGAGGGUGACGUGACUCCGGACAAGGUGGUCCAGCUGGUCAACCAGGGGCUCAGCGAGGGGGAAAAGGCCUUCGGGAUUAAAGCCAGGUCCAUUCUGUGCUGCAUGCGCCACAUGCCAAACUGGUCCAUGGACAUUGUUGAGUUGUGUAAGAAGUAUCGUAACGAUGGGGUGGUGGCCAUCGACCUGGCUGGAGAUGAGUCCUUGAACUGCGAAGCAUUCCCAGGCCACAGGAAGGCUUACGAGGAAGCUGUGAGGAGCUGCAUCCAUCGCACCGUUCAUGCUGGGGAGGUGGGCCCCCCUAGUGUGGUGAGAGAGGCAGUAGAAGUUCUUAAAGCUGAACGGAUUGGACAUGGUUACCACACAGUUGAAGACCUGGAUUUGUAUAAACAGCUACUUGAGCAGAACAUGCAUUUUGAGAUGUGUCCUGUGUCCAGUAAACUGACGGGAGCCUGCAAUCCAGACUUCACGAAGCACCCCAUCAUCAGGUUUAGGGAAGAUGGGGCUAACUUCUCGCUGAACACAGACGACCCCUUGAUAUUCAACUCAACCUUAGACAUGGACUAUCAGGUCACAAAGCAAUACAUGGGCUUUACUGAGAAGGAAUUCAUGAGACUGAAUAUAAAUGCUGCCAAGUCUAGUUUCCUUCCUCAUAAGGAGAAGAAGGACCUCCUUAACCGCUUGUAUGAGUCCUAUGGGAUGGUAGACAAAAGCAGGUUUUGAUGGCAUCGCUUCCUGCUUUUCAAAGUUCUCUUCAGGUUAACACCCUGGUUGCCUAACCCUGACCAACCUCUUUGGCACACCGAAAUCAGCUUGGCCACUGGUUGAUGACUUUGGUCAGACACCCAUAGGAAACCUCCAGAACAAGUCAUUAAAAGCAAUCAAAAGUCUUAUAUGUCUCUAUUAUGAAAUGGAGGUUUUAAAGUCAGUCUUUAAUAUACAAGUGUAUUUAUACUAAAUCUUGACUGCACCCAGUUAAACUUGUUAGUCAUGCAAAUGCACAUUCAAGUGCAAAUAAAUUGUUGCUCUCAAGACAAGUCAAACUACGAGGCAAAUAUGUAAUUCUGUACUUCCUAUUCAUAUAUAAAAUGUCUUGCAAGUUAUCUACAAUAAUUGAGUAUAUUUUAUAUGCAUGACGUAUUCCUUAUUAAUCCAGGCACCGCAACAGAAGCAAGGGGCAUUAUAAAAGCUUUGCUUCAAUGUUACUGCAUGUGGCCUAAAUAUUACAGGUCUCCAUAUAACAAAUAAGCAAAUGACCUGAAAAUGCUAAACAAUUUUUACUCUUAACAGCUGUACCAUAUCUUUGUGCAGCACUCCCCCCCCCUGCAGCCCAUCUUUCUAUGAUAAACAUUUAGUUGGACCCCUUUAGUAAUUUACACUCUGGAUUUGAGUUGCUGGCCACAUUUGCAAUGGAACCUGUUUUAAACGGAGCGGAUCCUCCGUUAGCCAGGGUUCUGGUCCCGUUCGACCCUCGUGGUAUUUGUGCAUGUUGAAUCUGAGUUCUGCAUACUUCUUUUUAUAUUGAAACCAGGAGGCACACAACUGAAGAGCCUCAGGUCUGGCAGGAACUGCUGGUUUCCACUGAACUGCAGCUCUUAAUUGUUCUGUUGUCGUUCGCACAAUUACUCCCCUCAGGAGGUGCCUCAGGUGCCAGAUAGAGGCUCAUUAAAAAGCACAUUACAAGCUGCAGGACUCCACCCCUGAAGGAGAGCAGUUAUGCACCCUUGUUUUAAAAGGUCGUCAUGCGCAUAGUCAUAAAUAAUGAAAGAAACGGAUAUCAUCUUGAAAUGCUUUCUCAGAGUUGGGAACUAAUACCAUGGUACUCUGUGUAUAGACAGGAAUUAAAGCACAAACUGCUCGUUUAAUACAUGGAAUCAUUAAUCUGGACUAUCACUUCCUGUGAUUUUCCAACCUGGUUACUGAGCCACAGAGUAAAUGUAAUAAGUAUUAACUGUUGAAAUGCCAGUUCUCGUAGCCAGAAAAAAAGGAUCAAAUUGCUAAAGUUUCAGUGUGUGAACACUGGGUCCCCAUGUUAUGAACAUUAGAUUGAAAAUUUUGUGGUUUUAAUUGCAAUUGAGAAAACAUUUCUAUUUUCAGCUAUUUUAAAUUAGCUUCAAUUUUAAUGCAGCUUGAAGUUCAUUAAAUGUCACAAGUCUUACAGCACACUUCAUAUUAUAGCUACAGAACCUACCCAGUGAUUUACUCAAAGUAAGUCUCAUUAUUAUACUGAAUAAUAAAGCAUAUUCGUGCAUACGCUGGCAUGCUCUGCAUGGGUUGUUUGUCAGGAUAGACAAGGGAUCCAGCAUAAGAUGAGUACCUGAUGAAAUGUAAUAAAAGGCUUACAGUAAAUUUUAAACUGAGAAGAGCCUAAAUAACAUCUGUAUAAUUAAACUUUUACCGUGCCCUUGGGAUUUGGUUUACAAACUUUAGUCAACUCUACUUCCGGUGCUAAUUGUGCUUGUAAAUUGACAACUCAGUGUUUUGUGUAUGGCUUCUGGAAUACCGUAAAUCUCAGGUCGUGGCUUGUAAUUUACAUAAAAUGCAAUUCCUGACUAUGUUCCGAGUACCUGGACAAGCACUGCGGUGCCUGAACUCUGACGCUGCUGUAAGGGCCUUCUUUCCUCGCUUUUGAAAAACAUGUGCAGGGUGGGACGUUAACUCUUUGGUCCAUGAGCCACAGCGCCUUAUGAAUGGUAAAAGUUUGCCAUUGACUUGUGUUUUUAAUAGUCCAUGAUAAUUUAAUUCCCCUCCUCAUGGAUUCUCUUUUUUUUUUUUCGGUAACUCCUCCAGUGUGACAUGACCUUUUGUUUUCAUUCAGUUCAUUUUGUGUGAGUUUAUUCAUCCUCUUGUGCCGAGUGGUGCGUCCUGUCAGAUUCCUGACGACACAGCCGGCGUCUGAGAGUGGAAGGGUGACAUUUCGGAGACUCCGGACACACACGUAUGAGUUUUGGAUGCGUUUGCUACGUCUGUGGCUAUGUGGCACUGUGGCUGGUGAGUUUGAGGGACUCAAAUCUCAAGCCUCAUUUUGGAGACUAGCUGGACACUGCGUCCCACCCCGAGUCUCGCACCUCAGGUGAAGCAGCUUCAUACCAAAUUGCUGCUGCAGUACUUUCUGUGCACAGCAGGUGGCAGCAUUUUACACCUAGAAACGUGUUCCUUUAGUCAAUCAGGACAACUCAAGUGGUCUUAUGGUUGACAAAUGUUAUUUUGAAAAAAUGUCUUUUUGUUCCAGCUUAGAUUAUUAAAAACAUACAUUUGAUUAUCGUAAUUUUGUGCAGCAUUUGACUAACUCGAUAAGUGUUUACAGCCUUCAGCUGUGGUAAAAAUGCAAUAAAAAUGGCUUAAGACAAGUGAUGAGGGCUAGUAAUAGAUACUGCUUAUAUUUUAAUUGCAUUGUAUUCUUUCAAUAUAAAAGUUUUGCAUCAUUUAAAACUGUCUUUGUGUCUUUCCUGUUCAACCAUAAAGUCGUUAUUGCUAAAUAAAUCAGACAGGCAAUCAAGCUGCUAAAGUGUAGACCUGAACAUUCAAAGUGCAUAUUUGUACAAACACAAUCCAAAUAAGGAAAUUGGAGGGACUAGCAUUCAAAUGUUAAAAUAACACAGCAUGGUGU